AUGCCCAUGAUAUGUUUGUCAGACUUUGAAGCUUAUGCUAAGAAGCACCUGUCCAAGACCACUUGGGACUUCUUUGCAGCUGGAGCUGAUGAGUGUUGCACCCGAGAUGAGAACCUCCUGGCAUAUAAAAGAAUCCGCUUCCGGCCACGCAUGUUGCGAGAUAUGUCUGUGAUGGACACUAGGACUACGCUUCUAGGUACUGAAAUCAGCUUCCCUGUAGGGAUUGCCCCCACCGGGUUCCACCGGCUGGCUUGGCCUGAUGGAGAGAAGAGCACAGCAAGAGCUGCUGAAGCCAUGAACACCUGUUACAUCACCAGCACAUUCUCCACCUGCACUGUGGAGGAGAUUGCUGCAGCCGCACCCAAUGGCUUCCGAUGGUUCCAGCUGUACAUUCAUCGCAACAGGACACUCUCAGAGGGGCUGGUCCGACGUGUAGAGGCUGCGGGUUUUCAAGGCCUGGUGCUCACUGCCGAUCUUCCCUACACUGGGAAGAGACGAGACGACAUCCGCAACAACUUCCAGCUCCCACCACACAUGACAGUGAAGAACUUUGAAGGAGUCUUUGAGGAAGAGAGUUGUUCUGAGUAUGGCCUCCCGGCUAACUCCAUAGACCCUUCUAUAAACUGGAAUGACAUCUAUUGGCUGCAGAGCCUGACUCGCUUGCCUAUCAUUGUCAAGGGAAUUUUGACUAAGGAAGAUGCAGAUCUGGCAGUGAGACAUGGAGUUCAGGGGAUUAUUGUAUCCAACCAUGGUGGAAGGCAGUUGGAUGGAGGACCUGCCACUAUUGAUGCUCUGAUUGAAAUUGUAGACACAGUGCAAGAUAGAGUUGAAGUUUAUCUAGACGGUGGAAUACGAACAGGAAGUGAUGUAUUAAAGGCACUGGCACUCGGAGCAAAAUGUGUCUUCCUCGGAAGGCCAGCUUUAUGGGGUCUGACCUACAAGGGUGAAGAAGGGCUUCGAGAAGUUUUGCAGAUUUUACAUGAUGAAUUUCGUUUGUCAAUGGCCCUGGUUGGCUGUCACAAUGUCUCAGGAAUUGGCCGAAACCUGGUUCAGUUCUCCAAGCUGUAA